AAAAACAAAAUUCUUACUGAAGCCAUUGUUUACAAGUGAUCAAUGGCUUCCUCCCUUCGUCACAGUGCCAAUAUUGCUCUGUUUCUUCUCUUUUCACUUGCUUCUGCUGCUCAGCUCGACCCGAAUUUCUAUUCAUGUUCUUGUCCAAAUCUCUUCUCCACUAUCAAACCAGUGGUUCAGUCUGCAAUUUCAAAAGAAAAACGCAUGGGUGCCUCACUUCUUCGCCUCUUCUUCCAUGAUUGCUUUGUCAACGUACCUAUUUCUUCUCAUCCGAGGUUGUGAUGGAUCUUUGCUGCUUGAUGACACGCCAAACUUUACAGGAGAGAAGAAUGCAGUUCCGAACAAUCAAUCUGUGAGGGGGUUUGAUGUAAUAGACAAGAUAAAAGCUGCGGUGGAGAAAGCUUGUCCUGGUGUGGUUUCUUGUGCUGAUAUCUUGGCCAUCACUGCAAGGGACUCUGUGGUCAUUCUUGGUGGACCAAAUUGGAAUGUGAAAUUAGGCAGAAGGGAUGCAAGGACUGCAAGCCUCAGUGCAGCUAAUACUAACAUUCCACCACCAACUUCCAACCUUAGUAAGCUCAUUUCCUCAUUUUCAGCUCAGGGUCUCUCAGCCAAGCACAUGGUUGCCCUUUCAGGUGCCCACACCAUAGGACAAGCCAGGUGCACCAUUUUCAGGGCGAGGAUCUACAACGACAGCAACAUCGAUAGCUCAUUCGAUCAAUUGAGGAAGAGCAACUGCCCGCAGAGCUCCGGCGACGCUAACCUCGCACCUUUAGACCUGCAAACUCCGACGAGCUUUGAUAACAACUAUUAUAAGAAUCUUCUCAGUUUGAAGGGUCUUCUUCACUCUGACCAGCAGCUCUUCAAUAAAGGCUCAACUGACUCCCAGGUGAGGAAAUAUGCCAAUAAACCCAACAAGUUCAACUCGGAUUUCGUUGCUGCAAUUAUAAAGAUGGGCGACAUAAGCCCUCUUACUGGAUCAAAGGGUGAGAUCAGAAAGAAUUGCAGGAAGAUCAACUAACUGAAAUAAGUUUUGGAUCAAGGCUUUCUAAAAGCUGGUCAAUAUGGCAUGAUAAAGUAAAGAUUUUUUCAAUCAAUAACAUCUCCCAAGUUGUCAGGUCUUUCAGUAUAGGCCUUACUUGGGGUCAUUUUUAAUUUAUACUAGUAUGAAUGUUGGUGUAUGAAGGUUGUUUAUAUUAGUUUUUUGUUUGUGGUGAAAUUUUGAAUUUGCAUGAGCUUGUUCAAGGUUUUGUGAUUGAAUUUCUGAAAUUGAUUGGGGGAUUCUGAAUUUUUUGUUUAACAUUUUGUAAUGCUUUAUCAUUAUGAUGAAAUAAUAUGGUAUCAUUAUGUUAAAAAA